AAAAAGCCAAUUCGAUCUUCACAAGUCGGCCGUUCGCCAUGGGCCAAGCCCAGAUCAAGUCGGCGUUGCACCUUGACAGCCGUAAAACUCGAAGUCGGGUGGACAAGGAGGACGACGGACCGGAUGGCUUGACGCUCGUCACCUCAAGGGCGGCCGAGCGGAGCGGCCGGCUGAACAUCACCGGUCGAUACCAUCGACUCCCGAAGCGGAUCGAGGAUGAUUAUGAGAGCCUCUCGCAGGUCUUGGGAACUGGCUACAACGGCGAGGUGAAACUGGCUCGCUGUAAGCAUACCGGGGAGAAGUAUGCCGUGAAGGCCUUCAAGCUGCGGGGGGUCAGCAAGGAGAAGCGCAAGGAGCUGGAGAGCGAAGCGGAGAUUUUUUUGGCCAUGGACCACCCACAUGUAGCUGCUUUGUCUGAUGUCUAUGAGUCAGAGGAGCAGCUGUCGCUCGUCAUGGAAUGCAUGCAAGGCGGCGAACUUUUUGAUCGCGUCGUUCAGAGGAAACGGUUUACCGAGAAGGAUGCAUCGCGAGCGGUCUACCAGAUGCUGUUGGCGGUGAACUAUAUCCACUCGCAUGACAUUGUACAUCGGGACAUCAAGCUCGAAAACUUCUUGUACGAAGCCAAGGACUCUGACCAUUUGAAGUUAAUCGACUUCGGUUUCAGCAAGAUUUGGCAUCCGAAUACCACCAUGGCGGUGAGCUGCGGCACUUUGGCCUACGUGGCACCAGAGGUUCUGGAUAAGUCCUAUACCUCGCAAUGUGACAUGUGGAGUCUCGGGGUGGUCGCCUUUGUGCUUCUCUUUGGCUAUAUGCCUUUCUCUGGGGCAGAAUCCAAACAGAUUCGAGACAUCCAUGAGGGGAAUUUCACCAAGAAGCCGGCGAUUUGGGGCAAGGCCUCACCUGUGUGCAAGGACUUCGUGCAGCAAUUGUUGAUCGUCGACCCGCAGAGACGGCUCACGGCUGCGGAGGCUUUGGAACACAAGUGGCUUCAGUCGCAAGAUCACCAUGAGCAGAUCAUCGAUCAAGAAAUGAUUGAAGAUUUGUGCAACUUCGCCAAAAUCUCGGUCUUCAAGAGGGCGUGCCUUGGCGUUCUCUCUUGGUCCUUGGGCGUGGACGAGCGCAAGCAGGUUCGGGACGCCUUUCUGCAGAUCGACAAGGAUCGCAGCGGGACCAUCACCAUUAAUGAGUUCAAGCAGGCCGUGGAGCAAAAUCUGGACAUUGAUGAUGAAACCUUGGAGAAAGCCUUCAAAGCCUUGGAUGCCAAUCACAAAGAUGAAGUGAAUUAUCACGAGUUUCUGGCGGCCAUGGUGGCUUCAAGGAUUCAUUUACACGACCACCUCCUCAAGGUGGCCUUUCGACGCUUUGACGUCGACAACUCUGGCUACAUCACCGUGGAGAAUUUGCAAGAGGUCUUGGGGGAAACCUUUGAGGGGAAUGAAGUACAGAGUUUGUUGAGCGAACUGAAUCUGAAGACAGAUGGUGCCAUCUCCUAUGAGGAGUGGAUUGAGUACUUGAAGGGUGCUCAUGGUGAUGUUAAGCCGCACCACGCGGAUGCUGCAGCACGGGUGAUUGAUGCAACCAUGGAGAAGCAACAAAAGGAAGACGAAGAGAAUGGCCACCCACUGAGCAGGUCCGUUCGUGCCAAGAACAUCUCGCAGCGGAGUAUCACAGGGCCUGGAGGGCCCAAACUUGGUGUAGCCAUGGAAGAGACGCUGCUUACCACAUCAGUCCCUGCCGACCAGGAAGAGGUCGUGAAGCCCGUCGUCAAUCACAUUUGCUGCACCGAUGGGUGCAAGGUUCAAUGACGUGAAAGCCAAAAGCGCAAGGGCCUCCUUGACCUCCGUCUCUUUUUUUGGCGGAGAGAAAAAGACGAAACGACACGUGCGUACAAUAAUUGGACCAAGACAGGAGUCUAAAGAAGGUUGCCA